AAGGAACAACAGCUAAUUGAUAGAUCCGGAGAUGCUCCAUCUGACAUCGAUGAAGCUAAACGUCUGCUCAAAGAGCUUGAAGGGUUGGUGGAUAAAGAAGUGAUGGCUGACGACAACAACAAUGGCGGUGAGGAUGACAUGACCAAAGAAGCCGAAAAACGACAUGAUGUACGGACCUCUGACGCUACUGGCCCAAACAUUGCAUCAGGAAGACCUGCGUUUCAGUCUAGUGUGGGCUGGGGAGGAAACCCCGCUCGGGCUGUCGACGGAAACAGAAGCCCCCUCUGGGGACACAGUUCCUGCACAGCUACAAAGCCAGAAAACGACCCGUGGUGGUAUGUCGAUUUGGGAAGGGAUGUUUAUGUCCACCACGUCGCCAUCGUCAACCGCCGUGACUGCUGCUCUGAACGGAUCACGCCCUUCGAGGUCUACGUUGGGAAAUACACUGACAUGGAGAGGAACACGAGGUGUGGAUAUAGGCAUUACCGCUUCCACCCGACUGAUACCGAACGUGUUGUCGACUGUCCCUUGUUGUAUGGCCGGUACGUGGGCAUCAGACUGCCGGGGAAGAAUCGAAUCCUGACGCUGUGCGAAGUGGAGGUUUAUAAAACUGAAAACGCGGCGCUGGGAAAACCAACGGUCCAGUCAGGGGUCGCAUAUAACGGGUAUGCCUCCCGAGCAACUGACGGUUGCAGGGCCCCGAACUGGGGUAGUCAGUGCUGCACUCACACUCCGGCACAGACAAACCCUUGGUUGCGGGUGGAAAUCAAUGGUGUGCGGGGCCAAGCCAAGUGGGUGGUCGUCAUCAACCGCGCCGACUGUUGCGGAGAGCGACUCAACGGCUUCACCGUCCACGUUGGAGACGACGAACGCGUAGACCACAACCCACGCUGCGGCGGACAUCACGUCAUCCCCGCUGGCACGAACAGGGCUGUCAUCGAUUGCAACGGACUGAUAGGACGAUAUGUGGGAAUCCGACUGCCUGGACACGGCCGUGUGCUGACUGUUUGCGAAGUCGAAGUCUAUCCAGGUUUUGCAACCAGAAAGAGGACAUCCGAAGUGCGAGGUACAGGAGUCCAGGGCUGUGGAGACCAUAAGGAGGGAGACAGCUGGGUAUCAGAUGAGAAAGGACAAAACUGCAUCUGUGACCAGAACGAAGCGUCGUGCUACAAGGUGAUCUGUGGAGAGAAAGGAGAACAGCCACCCAUCAAGGAUCAAGACGAACUGUGGACCUGUCCGGAGCCGGAUGAGAAAGAUGAAUCCGCUCGUGGGUUUCUUGACGAAAGCAUUGAAGACUGGAUGGACGACUAUAGAGAAUGAUUGGUUGGAGAUGUGAAGAACGGACGAACCCGUUGUAUUAAAAUCUAAUUUGCUUGCCUACUUUUCACCUGUUUAGCUUACUGUUUCCCGGUAACCAUCUUCUCUGUAGUACAUGUUUUUCAUAUGAAAACUAUCGCAACAAGGUCCCUGUGGCCUAUAUCAUAUCUACACUUAGCAAAUAUUUGUCUACUUUCGUCCCUCCUUUAUGGAAUAUGGCAUCCUUUUCUGAUUUCCUAAGAUAGAUGCGGUACAUUUUGUACCAUCUGUCUGCACACUAUAGUGGCUUAACAACAUGGUUGGAUAAUAGAUUGCAUGAGAUGAAUGACAUUGUUUUCAAGCAUAGCUCAUAAAUUAGCUAGUGCUGUUGAAAGCAGUGAGCUUGAAAGAUUUUUCUUACAAAAGAAAACGUUUGUUUAGAUUAAAAAAAUAUACCUGUUUAAGGUUUUGAAGUAGGUUUUCAGGGUUAAGUACAGGCCUCAUCGAGUUUCGCGGUGCAAUGAUAAAGAAAACACAUACAAUUUUUUUAAAUAUCAGUAAUGUAGUUUUAACUAUCUUACUGGUAUCUCAAUCUUUUUAAUGUAUGAAAAAAUAAAUGUCGAAAGAGAAAAAUGGUUGACAUUACAACAGUCCCAAAUCAUUGAAGUGACGUUUCCCCUUCAACGACCAACUAUUUGAAGCUACUUGUAUCAUAUUAUUUGGAAAACAUUGCACGAUGGAUUCUCAUAAGACGCCACAACAUCGAAGUCUGAUGAAAGAAGAGAAAGAGGCCAUGACCUGUUGUCGGUACCAAAAAAAUAUAUGGUGGGUUGAGGGAGAAAAUGGUCCAAAAACAAACUGUAGUAGAGCUCUACACUGUAGGAAGUAAAAUCGUGAUACUUGGCUGAAGGAAAAUUGUAUGGAAUAAACGAAAAGAAUACAGCCCAAAAUUUUCAUUUGAAUGUUAGAAGAGACAAAGAUAAAUAUUCAAGUCAAUUUCAUUCUUUAUACGGAAAAACGGAUCCCACUCUUUAGUCCCUACAUUGUACUUGCUUGAAAAGAACUACAGCAUUUAUUCUGGACAAUUAUUAUUAUUAAGGUUCUGGCAUUCAUUUUUUUUGCUUAUUCUGGACAAUAAAAUUCACAUAAGAUAUAACCAGUGCUACACAUUUAAAAACAUGUACAAAAUCGGAACAAACUUCUAAUAAGGACAAUAUGCUCAGGGGUAGCAAAAGUUAGGCCGUUUUUAGAGGGUGUCAAAAGUCAGAAAACAAAUACACUUGGAUCUUUCAGAACAUUUAUCCUAUUCUACAGAUUAUCAUUAGUCAAGAAGAAUAUACUAGCCAUAGUUUAUAACACGUUAUAACCGAAGACCACCUUAGAACAGUUUUGGCAAGACGAAUAUCACAUUAGAAAAGUCUAUUCUCGUCUUUUAGUAUAAUUGAUCUUUCUAUAGAAAUGUAGUAAGUAAAGAUAACAUAACAUUCAUGCAUUAUCUAACAGUAUAGCGUAGACAACAUGAAGGUAAUUGUGACUGGAUUUAUAUGAAUGUGAAUUUUCACCAAUGCGUAUGGCCAACAACUUUCGAUGCGAUCUGUAAGACCAUCAUUGGAACAAGCGAAGAAGCUGAUAUGCAAACUCGACAUAUUCUGAAGCAUAUUCUGAAUUUUUUAAUUAGCGUAUAAGUACUCUUGUAUUCUUGUUAAAUAAAUUACAG